CCCAGCAUCCUCCCUCCCUGUUCCCAUGGUGCUCUGGACCCUCCUCAUGGCCGUCUCUCUGGGCGCUGAGACAGACCUCUGGGACAACCCCAUCUGCACCAAGAAUGUCUCCGUGACCAGGGGGGAGCGGGCCGUGAUGACCUGCACCAUCUCCAACCCCUUCCACAAUGUCACCAUCUGCCGGAGAGACCACAGUGGGCAGCACUGCCAGCUUAUCUUCGAGGAGGUGACCCCAAGGUGCACUUCCCAGGAUGGGUGGCAUCUCUGGGUUCAAGGACACACCGCACAGCUGGUGACAGAGGAAGCCCGGGACGCCCAGGCUGGGUGUUACCACUGGAUAAUCGUGGGGCUCCAGAUCAGCUUUGAGGCCACCACCCUGCACCUCUCAGAACCUCCGGAGCCGCACUCCACAGCCUCCAGGGUCUUCGCCAUCCUCUGUGUCCUGGUGCUGGGAGGCGUAUUGGCCUGGUGCAGAAGUCGCCGUAACCCCAGGCCUCGCUUCAUACACCUCUCAUCACGGUCUUCGCCAUCCUCUGUGUCCUGGUGCUGGGAAGCAUAUUGGCCUGGUGCAGAAGUCGCCGUAAGCCCGGACCUUCCAGCUCCUAUGUGUAGGCUCUGAGCUGAGGAGUGGAAGCCCAUCAGAAGGGUGAUCAAGCCCACCUGGCACCCGGAAUCCAGACCCAGGGUGGUGACACCCCCAGCCGUGGAGCCCCUGCCCUUUCUGAUGGACUGAUGCCAAGGUGCAGAGGGAAGCAAGACCCUGUCCCGGUCAGCGUCUGAGGGGGCUCUGUGCCCAGCACACAGGGCAGCCCCUCGGGAGGCUGACAGUCUGG